CGGACCAAUCAAAAUAAGUCCAGAACGAACGAUUAUUUAUAGGGAAAAAAAAAAGUAAAAAUUUGUCCGACUUGCACUCCCAUUUGAAACCCUCGACAUCAUAUCUUUCAGGCAAAUCCCUGCUUCACCUUCGUUGUUCGCAAUGAAAGCCUCUGUGAAGGGCAGGUACGACACCGAUAAGAGCGGCGCCGCCGCAACCUUCGGUGUCAACGCCGGAGAUGUUAAGCUUCGAGCAUCUAUGACCGAUGCCACCUUCGUUGGUGGCCCAAACUUAAACGGUUUGGCUCUUUCUGUUGAGAAGCCUGGCUUCUUCAUCGUCGACUAUAACGUACCCAAAAAGGAUUUUCGAUUUCAGUUUAUGAACUCUGUUAGGGUUGCGGAGAAACCGUUGAAUUUAACUUAUAUUCACCAUAGAGGUGACAACAGGACUAUAUUGGAUGGAACACUGGCGUUUGAUCCGGCUAACAAGGUUUCAGCCAAUUACUUGCUUGGUACGGGAAAUUGCAAGUUGAAGUAUACUUAUGUUCACCAAGGGGUGACGACCUUUGAACCUUGCUAUGAUCUGGCGAAGAAUUCUUGGGAUUUUGCUAUUUCACGGAGGGUUUAUGGUGAAGAUGUGUUUAAGGCUACUUACCAGACCUCUAGCCAGUUAUUGGGGCUGGAGUGGUCAAGGAAUUCAAAGUUGAAUGGCUCUUUCAAGGUUUCAGCAUCUUUAAACUUGGCGGAAGAGUCAAAGGUGCCAAAAUUAACAGCUGAAAGUACGUGGGACAUUGACAUAUGAUUUUCUUGUAGUAGUUUCCUAAUUCAUUUUGGUUGUUAAAAUUUCUUGUAUUCCGAUAAACGGCUUCCGAUUGGUUCAUGGUAACUUUGAACAUCAUUUUACCAUGGGAUAGUGUACUUUUAUAACGGGCCUUAGUCGAUGAAUUAAAAAUGGGCCUUUUAAUUACAUAGACAAUUACGCAUGCUUCCGAUCAAAUGCAGUAGACAUUUCUCAUUA